AUGGCAAGUUCACUUUCACUAGAGCUCUACAGCGAUCCAUGGGGAAUCAAAAAGGUUCUCACAGACUCUGAUACUUCACACAACAACAUGCUUAUAUUAUAUGGAUGUCAAGUUGAAGUGAUGGUGCUGCCUGAGUUAAGUGAAGAUGCUGCAAACGAUGCUCAAACCGAUGAUGGAACUGAAGUCAAAUUCUGGGACAUCGAUACCGAAUCUCUGCACGAACUGGUUUUGAAGCGAAAGAGCAGUUAUAUCCUCACAGGAAAUUGGAAUGAAGAUUUUAUCAGAAGAAGGAAUCUGAAUGCUAGAGAUGAAAUAGGGCUUGAAUGGGAUCCCUACAAUAAUCGCUUCAAUUUUAGUGUUCUUAUGCGUGCUUGA